AAAGGUAUAAUUAUCGGACGAGUUCCAAUCAUGGGAGACGCGAAUACUAGUGCCUAUGAAACGACGACGUGCAAUGGGGGUGUGAAAAGCAGUCGGUCGGACAGUUUGGAAAAGAUUGACCCAUUCGCAGUCGAGCAGGAAGGUCUUCUAACUGAAGAGGAUAAAAGUGACAGCUCAUCCGAUAGCUCCGACUCCGAUGGACAAAUAAAAGAACGUCCGGCCUGGGAUAAUAAAUUCCAAUACAUUAUGGCCGCACUCGGGUUCGCUGUUGGUCUCGGAAAUAUUUGGAGGUUUCCUUACUUGUGUCAAAAGAAUGGAGGAGGUGCUUUCCUAAUCCCAUAUUUCGUCAUGUUGUUCUUGGAAGGAUAUCCGUUGUACUUCUUGGAACUUGCCGUCGGUCAAAGCAUGAGAAAAGGGGCAGUGGGCGUGUGGAGUCAUAUACACCCUCAGUUAGUUGGGGUUGGAUUUGCCAGCAUUGUGGUUUCUCUUCUUAUUGGUCUAUACUACAACAUGAUAUUGGCUUGGACAUUAUUUUAUUUAUUCAAUUCAUUUCGUUCGGAACUACCAUGGGCAAAAUGUCCGGAAAAUAACGGAACAAUUGUUCACGAAUGUGCUGUUAGUUCGUCCACAGCUUAUUUCUGGUAUCGAGAUACUUUGGAUAUUUCUGGCUCUAUUGAGGAAGGAGGAGUGGCAAAUUGGAAAAUGGUUGUCAGUCUUUUCGUAGCUUGGGUUUUAGUAUUCUUCGGAAUCAUCAAAGGAAUCAAAUCAUCUGGCAAAGUUAUGUAUUUUGCAACUAUCUUUCCGUACGUUAUAUUGAUCGCGUUCUUCGUUCGAGGAAUGACACUAGAGGGAGCUGCAGCAGGAGUUGUUCAUAUGUUCAAGCCUGACCUUACAAGACUUGUUGACCCGGUAGUAUGGAGAGAAGCAGCCACUCAGAUAUUCUUCAGUCUAGGACUUGGCUACGGAGCAAUCAUCGCUUAUUCAAGUUAUAACCCAUACAAUAAUAAUUGUAAAAAGGAUGCCUUGUUUGUGGCUUCAGCUAACAGUUUGACUUCGGUAUUUGCUUGCAUCACUGUCUUCUCUGUUCUCGGAUUUAAAGCAAAUCUGGCGACCAAGGAAUGUAUGGAAGUGAAUCGUCAAACAGUUCUCACUGCAUUCCCUGAAUCAUACUUCAUGAAGAAUUCAUCCUACGUUGAGUUUCUUCAACACAUGGAUGAAUUGAAUUCAUCUUAUCCAGAUAUUUUUCAAAAUUUAUCGAUAUCGAAUAAGAAUUGUAGCAUUGAAGAAGAAUUGAAAGAGAUCGGUCAAGGAACCGGACUCGCUUUUAUUGCAUUCGCAGAAACAAUUCUAAGUUUUCCUGGCGCCCCCGUGUGGGCCGUUUUAUUCUUUUUCAUGCUUCUAUGCAUCGGGAUGAGUUCAGAGUUCGGGAUAUUACAAGCUUUUAUCACAAUGGUUCUGGACUUUGGUUAUAAAGUUUCAAAAUUGAAGUUGACGUCUGCACUAUGCUUAAGCAUGUUUAUAAUCGGUUUGAUCUUCACGAUGAGAUCCGGGAGUUAUUUCCUUGACAUAUUCGAUGGAUACUCAGCUACGUUUGGACUUGUUUCUGUUGCACUCUUCGAAACAAUUGCAGUUGCUUGGGUCUUCAAACUGGAAAACUUUGAAAAUGACAUAGAAAGAAUGAUUCACUCAAAACCAGGAUUGUAUUGGAGAAUAUCGUGGAAAUAUACGUGCCCAUUUAUUAUGGUCGUUAUUCUAAUCGCAAGCUUCGUGGACAUGUUUCUCAAUCCACCGAGUUACUACGCUUGGAACAAAGACACCGGCACGAAAGACGAGUUAACUUAUCCACCUUGGGCUGUGUUUAUUAUCGUUUUAUUGAUACUAAGCUCGAUGCUCUGUAUCCCGUUAUUUGCGGCUCUCGUACGUUUCGGAAUUUUCGACCCGAAAUGGAUUGGUGUCAAUUCCUACGGAAGAAAUAAAAGAGCAGAACAAAAUGAUAAUGAUGAUAUCGGAGUUACGGAAUCUGCAACUCCAUUGAAUUUAAAUUCUACGAACAAAGUUUGAUUUUCGAUAUUUAUUAUCGACUAGGUGGCAUAUUUUUUGUGAACUGUCCAACACAUUUGAAAAUAUGUUUCA